UGCUGGGAGCAGAAGAGGUCAGACGGCACCAUGAACGGCCAGCUGGACCUGAGCGGGAAGCUGAUCAUCAAAGCCCAGUUGGGUGACGACAUCCGACGCAUUCCCAUCCAUAAUGAAGACAUUACCUAUGAUGAGCUGGUGCUCAUGAUGCAGCGUGUCUUCAGGGGAAAGCUGCAGAGUAACGACGAGGUCACUAUCAAAUACAAGGAUGAAGAUGAUGACCUCAUUACCAUUUUUGACAGCUCUGACCUCUCAUUUGCCAUCCAGUGUAGUAGAAUACUCAAACUGACUUUGUUUGUUAAUGGUCAGCCGCGGCCUUUGGAGUCCAGUCAGGUAAAGUACCUGCGCAGGGAGCUCAUUGAGCUCAGGAAUAAAGUCAACAACCUCCUUGAUACCCUGGAGCCCCCGACGGAGCCUGGUCUGGCUGCUACAGCCCCAGACAGUGAAUCAGUGGAUGGGCGCGAAGGAAAAGUUGUGACAGCUGACCCCACAGUGAAACAGGCCACUCCAGUCAGUGCAGCCAGUAUGUCAGCCUUUGAUCCAUUAAAAAACCAGGAUGAGGUCAACAAGAAUGUCAUCUCCUCUUUUGGCCUGAGCGAGGACCAGGCCCCAGCUCCCCCAGCGGUUGCAGCAGAGGAGCGUUCAGGAACCCCUGACAGCAUUGCUUCUUCCUCAUCUGCAGCGCCUCAGCCAGGAGUGCCCCCUCAGCCACAGGCUCCAUAUGGAGUCCAGCAGGCACCCCCAGCGGGCAUGGAUGGUCAAGUGUACCAGCAAUACCAAGCUCCAGGUGGAUACCCUCCUCAGCAGCCAGGUGCCCCACCUCAGCAGCAGUAUGGUAUGCAGUACCCUGCUGGAUACAGCCCUCAGCCCGGAGCCCCUCCACAGCCGCAGCAGCAGUUCCAGAACUACGCUCCUCCCUCCUCGCAGGCUCCAGCUCCUGGUGCAGCGCCAGCACCAGGAUUCCAGGGUGGGCAGCAGCAGCAGACCCAUCCAUCUCAGGGAGCCCAGCAGUACCCACCAGGAGCAUUCCCACCACAAAACUACACCUCCCAGGCCUCCCAACCUGCUAACUACACCAUGCCGCCCAACUCCCAGCCCGGCUCAGGGUUCCAGCCACGCCCAGGAUAUACCCCGCCUCCAGGCAACACUGUCACCCCUCCACCUGGAGCUGCCAACCCCUAUGCCCGAAACCGCCCCCCUUAUGGCCAGGGCUACACUCAACCGGGGCCUGGGUACCGGUAAAAUAAGAUAGCAGAUGUUACUGAUCCCAUCAUCAUCCUAAAUGUGGCUCCAACUGUUUGAAGUGGGUGCAGAAAUCUGGUUUACUGCCCUGCACCUUCCCUCUUCCCCUACCCUUGUACAAAUAUCAAAUCCAAAUUUAAAAAAGCACCCCCAUCCCGAGUCUGAUGGUUAGUGUUUGUACGCUGUCGCUCCAACACACCACUCUGUUCUGGCCCCGGUGUAUGCUCCUUGUGUUAUUUUUCCCGUCUUUUCCCUCCAGUUCCGCUGUCUGCUCGGCCCUCUUGUGUCUGCCAUGGUAAAAAAUGUAACCAGUCUGUAUGCACACACAUGGAAAACCAAAACAGGCUGUUGCACAAACUGUUUGUCCUUUCCAUGGUAACGCUUCAUUUCGAGAGAAAGAUCAGCAUUCAGUCUGCAUUUACAGCAAAAGUCUCCACAUUUGUCUUGAAUUUCCUCAACAUAGAUGCGUUCAUAAAACACUAUCUUGAUGAAAAGUUACCCCUUAGUCAUGUUUUAUUUUAUUCUUUUUGAUCAAUUUCACCACCUUGUCGGUAUUAAUGAUGUGUCAGUGAUGGUGGGGAACACUAGCUAAGUGAUGGCCUAUGGGAGGUAUAGAUCCCUGUGUCAUGAAGAGGACUUUUUUUUUGUUUAGCUUCUAAUAUCACCUCCAGUAAAGCUAGCUAUUCCUUUCUCUUUCUCUUAUCACUGGUUUUUACUAAUAUCAAAUCAAAUUGCUCCUUCAAGUGAGAUUAGUUGUUUAUGUAUAAACUGUAACAUUUAUUUCUUUGACCUAAUAAAUGAUUGAGACCCA